CGGGAUAGAUCGUUUGGAAUCGGUACGGUAAUUAGAGUUGGUUGCGGUGAUCGAUAAAAUUUGGGUUCGGGAGUGAUAUUUCUACUAUUCUGGAAAACUACUGGAUUUUAGUCCUGCGUUUAGUGAUAAAUAUAAAGUGUUGCUGUGGUUUGUGCUUUUUAAUAAAAGGAAAUUUUGUGAAAAAUGUUCCAUAUCCAAGCUAAUCCUGGAUCUAUCCUGGAUCCAAAUUACUACUGCCUGGACCGACUCAACGACUGUCUCCAAAAUGCCCAAUCCGGUCACUUCCUAUCACAGCGUAUGUUUAACCCAUACUACCCACAUCUUUUCUUUCCAUUGCCGUUGAAGAUCACACAACCACGGCCAGAGAAACCGCCUUAUUCUUAUAUUGCCUUAAUUGCCAUGGCUAUUUCGUCUAGUCCAAAGCAAAGAUUGACACUUUCAGGAAUAUACAGAUUUAUUAUGGACAACUUUCCUUAUUACAGAGAAAACAAACAGGGCUGGCAAAAUUCCAUAAGGCACAAUUUAAGCCUCAACGAUUGCUUUGUUAAAGUUCCCAGGGACAAAAUUAGCGGAGGAGGAGGAGGAGGAGGCGCAGAUUGCUCCGGAGGAAAAGGUUCGUAUUGGAUGCUGGAUCCCAAGGCCGCAAAUAUGUUCGAAAAAGGAAAUUACAGAAGGCGGAAAACUAGACGUCAGAGAGUUUCCGAAUGCGGAACUUCAAUUUUCCAGGAGGAGGCAAUAUCUUUAGUUACUAGGACGGACGAUGUAUCAGAAAAUCAACAUCAAUAUGGUGAAUCAAUAAGAUUGAAAAAUUCCAGCUUAUUUACUAUAGAAAAUUUGAUUAAAAAUAAUUCAAACACUGAUAGUAAUAAUAUAGAAAUAAAAACAGAAAAAGAUGAUAAUUCUUAAGCUUAUUUAAAAAUUUUAUUUGCUGUAAAUAAUAAUUUAUAAAAAAUAUCUCAUGUGAGUUUUUAGAUAUAAAAUAAUGUUCCUUCUGCUAAAUAAAAUAUAGACACUUGGGGAUACGUGCGAAAGUUAACACUAAUUAUUGUUAAAAUUAAAUUAACAUAAAACGUUUGUUUCUUUUAAUAGAUAUUUAAAGCUUUUUUA